AUGGCUUCGUUCUUUUUCGAGGAUUAUCAGUUCCCUAGCGAACUCUACAAUCGAGAAACAGGUGAUUUUACUACGCCAAUUCGCACACUGCUCGACUUUGCGCCUCAUAUUCUCCAAGAGCUGCCCAAGAAUGAAAAGGAGCAAAAACCCAUCAAUUCCACAGCUGAGGAUUCCUGGACCAGGAACUUUGUGCCUACAAGCUACUUUGGAUCUCUUUUGACUUCUGAAAGAACAAGGGCCAUCACUGAGUUUGUUAUUCGAUGUGGAACUGAAUACAUGCAGAAAACAAACGAGAAAAAGUACGAGCAGGAGAAGUUCAAAAAAUUUGAGAGAGAGUACAAGAGAGAACGUCGACGAAGACGUAGAGAGAACAACAGAGGAUGGUUCUUUAACCGCAACCAAGAAGAGUCCUCGUCUUCAGAAUCUGAGGAUGAAGAAGAGCUGCAAAGAGAGAAAAUGAAGCAAAAGGAGAAGCAAGAUAAAGAGAAGAAGCAAAACCAGGCUGCGAAGAAUGAUGACAACACGGAGAAGAAACAAGUGCUGGGGCCUUCUGUAACAGCAGAAACACUUACUAAAUCAGCAGCAGCAGCAGGCAUUCUCUCACUCUCACUCUACUCCACUUAUCAAGCAAGCGUCAAGUUUAGCGAGGUGUCAUUUCACAAUCAAUUAGAAAUACUAAUAGCUCAAGUUCAAAGCAUCCUUCAGAGCACGGACGUGUGGAUCGAGGAGCAUGACAAGAUGCAAGACAAAAUACCCAACCGAGUUCGAACUGAUAUGAUUCAAUUAAAGCAACUGUUGGAUUUACUAGAGAGACUGGAUCCUAGGUCACACAAAAAACUGGAAGCAACCGGAUGGGGUGUGGGCGCUUUUGGCGGAUUAUCCGCCCUGGGUGGGUUCGCGCUGGGUAGUACAGCUGUUGCCACUGGAGGUGCUGCUCUUGCCAUUGGCGGUGCCCUUGUCAUGAUUUCAUCCAAGGCGUCUGGUAAAAAUCAGUUGGGUGCUCGGCUAUUGCUAGAGAAUCAAGUGAGAGAGAGGGUUGCGUCAUGUCAAAAUAGCAGUAAGGAACGAGAAAAGAUGAUUCGGGAGGAAAUUACAGUGAAGAAGGAGGAGGAACAUGAGAUUGGCGAAAAGAGAAAACUCAAGGAAGAAAAGACAUCCAGCCGUACGACACAUUAUCGCCUGCCACCGGAAGAAUGUGAAGUGGAGCAAGAAACAUUCACUUCAACCCCAUUACCCAAGCGAAAGAAGGAAAAGAUUGCGUUACCCAACUAA